AUGCAAGAUAAACUCCUGCUUUGUGCAAGAAAAGCCAAUUUUGUGAUACAAGCCGAAAGAUAUAGCACAAUGUCCAAGAUCUUCACCCCAACAAACCAGAUGCGCCUCACCAAUGUGGCCAUAGUGCGCAUGAAAAAGGGUGGAAAGCGUUUUGAGAUUGCCUGCUACAAAAAUAAAGUUGUUUCUUGGAGGGACAAGAUAGAGAAGGAUAUUGAUGAAGUCCUCCAGACUCACACAGUCUUCCUCAAUGUGUCGAAAGGCCAGGUGUGCUUGGAAAUCCUGGCCAAGGGAGAGCUGCAGGUGUCAGAGAAGGAGCGACAUGCCAACCUUGAGUCCACCUUCAAAGAUAUUGCCACUACUGUAUCAGAUAAGUGUGUGAAUCCUGAAACAAAGCGACCAUACACAGUCAGCAUGAUUGAGAAGGCCAUGCGGGACCUACAUUUCUCGGUGAAGCCCAACCGAAAUGCAAAGCAACAGGCAUUGGAGGUGAUGAGGGAGCUGAAGGCAGUGAUGCCGAUUGAGCGGGCACAGAUGCGACUUCGUCUGAUUGUCCCUGGAAAAGAAGGCCGCCGUCUCAAGGACAAAGUGGAGAAGCUUGCAUGUAAAGUUGAGUCUGAGGACUUCUCUGAUGGCCAACUCACUCUUGUUUGCUUGAUGGACCCAGGCUGCUACAGGCAAGUGGAUGAAAUGAUCCGGGCAGAGACCAAGGGCAAGGGGAUGCUUGAGGUCCUCAGCCUCAAGGAGGUCACUGAGGGGGAUGAGAAGCCUCAUAAAUGUGACCCACUCAGGAGUGCCUUAGGCAAGCAUGUGUGCCGAGACGUGACGAUGUCAGGGGUGGCGGGAGAGGAUGGAGGGGAUGGCAGAGGAGCGGAGGGCAGGGAGGGGAUGCAUCGCCUGCGCAAGCGCCUCUCCAUUGACUUUGACUCCCCGAUCUCUACCAAGAAGCAGCGCAUGACUGCCCUCCUCUCUUCUCCAGACCUGAAUCAGUUCAAGCUUACUACUCCUGAGAUUGAGCGAUUGAUCUUGGGUACUCCAUUAGCGGGUCUAACACCCAGUGGAGCUUGUUCUGGACCUCCCCUCCCUGUGAGUGUAGCUGCUGCACCUACUGGCCCGGCCAGCUUCCUCUAUCCGAAGCCUGGCACUGAGGAGCAAGAGACAUAUGCCAGGGGCUUUCUUGAUGCCUUGUCACAGCUCCAUAAUGGAGACAAUCCUGAUCCCAAUGGGAGUGAUGAAGUGAGAACAGAAUUCCUCGUGGGGAGGGUCCCACCCGAGUCCCAGACGGGUGGGACCUACAGUCUCCCCACGUAUGAAUCACUGCCAAGUGCAUCCCAUGGAGAUAGCUCCCUCUCCCCUUCAAGCUCAUAUGAUGAUCAAUCCAACUUGAGCAUCAAAGAUGAGUCCUUGGAUGCGACAGAUGCUGCUGUCUCCCCUGUCAACAUGGAGGCACAGGAAAAGCUGAAGUUGGAGCGUAAGCGAAUGCGCAACCGCAUCGCUGCCUCCAAGUGCCGCCAACGGAAGCUUCAACGAAUCGCCCAGCUGGAGACCCGCAUCCGUCACCUGAAGGGAGAGAACUCAGAGCUGGGGGUCAUUGUGACCCGGCUUCGUUCCUCCGUCUACCAUUUGAAGCAGGAGGUCCUGGAACAUGUCAAUUACGGAUGCCAGCUCAUGAUGUCCCCAGAACUUUUUGUGAAGGAAGAGCCUGGGACGAGCCACCAUGCGUGUGCAUCACAGCCUUCCUUCGUGUGCGUGUCCGACUGGUUGUGGAUCGCUAACACUUGUCUGGAAGCCACUGCUGGAGUAAAUUGCUUGGAUUGGAAGCAGUCAUCAUACAUGACAUCUGGUACUCUGAAACCCCUCCAGACCCUGUCGGGUCAUGGAGACCGUGUGUGGAACGUGGCCUGGAAUCCGCAGGGCACAAUCCUGGCCUCGUGCAGCACCGACAAGACUGUCCGACUCUGGGCCCAAGAGGGAGACACCUGGGUCUGCAAGACUUCCUUGACAGAGGGACACCACAGGACCAUUCGAUCAGUGGCAUGGUCACCCUGUGGGAAGCUCCUUGCAUCUGCUAGUUUUGACGGCACCACUUGCAUCUGGGAGAAGAAGGUUGAGGAUUUUGAGUGCAUUGCAAGCCUUGAGGGACAUGAGAAUGAAGUCAAAAGUGUGGCUUGGUGUCCUUCUGGAGCAUUAUUGGCAACCUGUAGUCGUGACAAGAGCGUCUGGAUCUGGGAGUGUAUCGAUGGCGAAUAUGAAUGUGCUAGCGUCCUCAAUGCCCAUGUGCAAGAUGUGAAGAAGGUAGUCUGGCAUCCCCAUGAGGAACUCCUUGCUUCAGCCAGUUAUGAUGAUACCAUCAAGCUCUUCCGGGAGGAGCUGGACGACUGGACCUGUUGUGGGACACUUCGUGGUCACGAAUCUACUGUUUGGAGCCUGGAUUUUGAUGCUGAUGGUUCUCGACUGGUUUCAGUGAGUGAUGACCAGACAGUGAAGAUCUGGAAGGGUUAUGAUGCAAAUCAGGCCUCACAGUUGGGUCUCCCACCACCAGAAUCUAAGAAGGAUCGUGUAUGGAAGUGCAUCUGUACUCUCUCGGGCUAUCACACGCAACCGGUCUACGACGUGUCGUGGUCGAAGCUGACCGGCUUCAUUGCGGCGGCAUCUGGUGACGACUCCAUCUCCAUUUUCCAGGAGAAGACCGAGUUGGGACACUCGGAUGACCCAACCUACGAGAUGGCAGCUCGGUGUGCCCAGGCCCACGACCAAGACAUCAACAGUGUCCAGUGGAACCCAAAGGUCCCAUUCUUACUUGCUUCGGCUAGCGAUGAUGGACUUGUCAAGCUCUGGGAAUAUAUAAAUUGUUUUAGAUUUGAUAACAGUGGAACUUGUGGCAGGUGUUCUCAGAUGAGUGGCGAAGGAGAAGAGAGGCCGGGGAUGGAGCUGAAGGAGGUGCUGGAGCAGCUGGAGUCGUUCGCCCCACUCUCGGCCUCUGAGCCUUGGGACAACACGGGCCUCCUCUUGGAACCGCCCGAGUCGAGGUCGUCCUGGGUCAGGAACCUCAUGCUCACCAACGACCUGACAGAGUCCGUCCUGACCGAGGCCAUAGAGAAGUCGGUCGAACUGAUCGUGUCCUAUCACCCACCCGUGUUUUCGCCCCUGAAACGGAUCACGGCUUCAUCGUGGAAGGAGCGCAUCGUUGCCCGGUGUCUGCAGAACCGCAUUGCAGUCUUUUCCCCACACACCUCCUGGGAUGUCAUAGAGGGUGGCAUCAAUGAUUGGCUUCUACUUCCUUUCAAUUCACAUGUGGCAAGUGUGGACUCACUGAAGCGGGGUGAGAACCAGAAGGUCGGCUGCACAUACACGAUCCAGCUGCCCCACCGGGGUGAGCUCUCCGAGAUCGAUGCCUCUGUCAUCACCCAACUGAUGAACUAUCGACCUACUGGCAUGCUGUCGUACUCAAUGAUCGAGGGAAAGACGCAGAUUCAGUGUGCAGAGACACACUUCCCUGUCAUCCUUGGCAUCAUCAUGGCCUCGCCCCACUAUGAUCACAACCUCCACAUCACUAAGAGUAAUAAGCCUUGGACAUCGGAUCGGUCGGGAGCUGGUCGCAUCGCUCUCCUCGAUGGGAUGCUCAACAUGUCGGAUGUUAUCAAGAUGGUGAAGGAGCAUCUCGGUCUCAAGCACGUACAGGUUGCAUAUGCUGUCAACAAGGGCAAAGAUUCGGCGAUUGGGAGCAUUGCGGUGUGUGCGGGGUCGGGCGGGUCGGUGCUCCGUGGCGUCCGGGCAGACGUGUAUGUCACGGGGGAGAUGUCGCAUCACGAGGUCCUGGAUGCCGUACAUGCCGGCUCCCACGUCAUCCUCUGUGGCCAUUCCAACACGGAGCGGGGGUUCCUGGAUGGUUUUGCCACCCAGUUUGCCAUCCUGUGUCGACAUCGGCUCGGCAUCCUCGAUACAAUUCCUCCUUUCGUCCGGCUGCCCUCUCGCCUUUAUCCUCCCAUCAUCACUUCAUGGGGACCACGGCUAGAUCUGCCAAACUGA